GACCUCGGCCGCUCGGCUCCUUUUUUUGCCGGCUCACCGCCUGCCUCGGCGAACGCCGCCGCCCGUCGCUGCCUGCCUUUUCGUCGCUAGACGCCAAGGAGCUGCCCCUGCACGCCACGCCCGCCCGGCGCUCAGCGCCACCGCCCCCCCCCCCCCCCCCCCUACAAGCCGCCGCCCGCCGCCUGCCGCCCAGUCUGCUCUCCGCCGGCUCCGGCACUCGGCUGGCAGCAAGGCUGUAAACCUGCCCGGCGGCCAGCCUUUAGGCCUAUCUGUGGACUUGAGAGGUGGACCGCCCUGUUUUAAAACCCUAGGUCCGCCACUGCUAGCGUGAGGACCAGUAGCCACGGAUCUACGGCCGACGAUCGGAUCAAGUUCUAGUUCCAGUCCAUGGAUCCAGCCACGAUCGCCAGGACCAGCAGCAGCUUCAGCCGCAUCAGCAUCAGCGAGCCACAGAUCUACGGGCCGCGGACCCUCAGGGACGAAGGAGUUGUCAGAAAAGAGGAGAGGGACAAGCUUAGAUGGGCCCUCCUUGCCAAGAUUGAGAGCUGCUACGGGCGGGUGAAGCUCCUCCGGGGGGUCUUCGACGCCGGCUUCUGCUUCGGGCUCCUAUAUCCCAUCUCCAACAUCGUCGCCGGCGUCUCGAUCGCCGGUGCCAUGAGCGUGGAUGACCCUGACAAUGAACCCGUCCCCGCAGCAUCUUUCCCGAAGCGGAGAAAAACAGAUGUGAUCGGGGACAUGCACCAGCGGUCGCUCAACGGCCUCGUAGCCUUCCUGGCCGCCCUCUUCCCCUACCUCACUGAGCCCAAGGCUAUGUGGUACCUCAACAAAGAAGAGUUGGAUCCCCUUGUUGCCGCCCGCCUCAUCAUCCAGCACCGGGGGAUGGAGCAGAGUUUCGGGUUUAAAUCCGACACCACUGCCGCCGCCGUGGAACUGGCCCUUAGAUGUGCUGCAGCUGCCGCCCAGCACCCGUGCCCGAAGCAGUUUGCGUCAGCUUGGAAGCUGCUUUCACAUUUUCUUGGGAGUGUCGCCACCGUGCUAUCAGGCCCAUGUGUAACUUUCGAUCGUUUCCAGUCCGCUGAAAUCAUAGAUAUUCUGCUCAAGAAACAUCAGCCAUCAGAUUUCAGCCUUGAGAAAUCAUGGGAUCUUGCCUCUUGUCGUCUACUCAAGCUCAGUCCUGACCUCUUCGGGGAGGUGAUGGGAUUUCCUGAGCGGUCCACUAUGAGGCGAAUGCUGCUCGCCACCAUCCAUGGAUACUACCUGCAGGCACUAGCCCGGCUGCCCAAGGAGAAGCUGCGCUCUCAAUACCACCACAGCCUGCUCCAGGCCGGCCACUGCUAUGGUCCACUGGACCCUGUCUCCAACAUCAUCCUCAAUACAAUCUGGUACAGCCAAGCCUACCCUCUAACCAAGAAGGUUGACCUAGAGGCAAUCAGCACAGGAGGCCUUUUUCGAAUUGCAGUCAGAUCCUUCUAUGGCCUUGUCUCCUUCCUGUGCACCCGCUGCGCCACACACCUCUCGCCGGACCAAGCCAUGCAGCGACUGCAGGCGUCUGGGGCCGAUCUCCGAAUCGCUGAUCCUAACCACCUUGAUGAUGAUAACAAUGAUGAUGCUAUGGUAUCUGCCAGUGUCGAACAAGCCUAUGCUGCAGCUGCAGCUGCUGCAUUUCACCCCAAACCUCGUGACCAGGCAGAGCUUCUCCGACCGUCUAAUCCAAUGUUGCGGAUGGCCUCGCACUAUCUCAAGGAUGGCGGCAAGCUCUCCGUCAUGGACGCUGACCAUCUUGCCGAAUGUUUGUUCUAUUCCAUCAGCGAGUUGGAACAAACUGAGCACGCAGAAACAAACAUCGAGGCGGUAAACAAGUUGACCUACGGAAGGAUGGAUCGACUCAUAAAUGACUUCUGGAAUGAGCAUGCUGCAGUCGUUGGAAUGGUGAAAUCUUUAAUUGACGUAUACAGCCGGCAACCUGGGGUACCCAAGUACGAGUUGCAUCUUAUCUGCGGUGUCAAUAAGUAUGUUGAUGGCCCUGUGUACACGGGUCCUUUCACUCGCAUAUAUCAUUACUCCCACAUCAACUUCCUCGCUACCAAAUCUGCCGGUGCACCACCAACGCUAUUCUUUGCUGAAUGCCGCAAUGAUGGCACUCAGACUCAGGAGAUGGGCUGGUGCUGCCCUGUCGACGUACCAUCUCCAGAACAAGUCCGUUGCCUGUACUGUGAGUAUGCCGGGAGCAGGGUUGUGCAUCCAGCACAGGGGAGUUUCGUUGGACGUGGCGUGGAGCUUGAGAAGAUGUGGGGCGGAGAAGAACUAUAUUCAGAAGAGUAUACCAAUGACUGCAUCAUAGCGUGCAGCCGUGAGCCGACUUACUGGGUGGAUUAUCUGGAAGACGAUUGCAUCUAUCGCAGCUAUCGUCUUGAUGGUAGCGAUGAAGGGGAAAAGAUGAUCUUAAAGAAGGGGAUUCCUGACGCUGAAGAGAUGAAGUACUUAAUAGAGAAGGGGUUUCUGAUCAUCGAAGAUGAUGGUUUGUCCUAAAUAGCGCAUGCAUGCAUCAAUCACUUCUAUGUAUAUAAUGCUAGAGAUAACACCAUGCAUCAUUGUUGCGCUCAUAUGCACUUGUAUGUAUGCUCGAGAAAACACAGUUUAUGAUAUUGUGCUUGUAUGCUUAAUGUUGCCACUCCUGUUGGCAUGUUCUACGUAAUAUUUACUAUCCUGUGUUUUCAUGUUAA